CCUAGAACUCGGCAAGCGAGCACAUUUUUUGUAAACUUUCACCAUCGUACACCGUGUAGCGCAUCACCAAGGUAAGCCUCAGCGCCUCUCUUUUGAAAUGACGAUACUUUCCAUCCUCGAGUCGGCGACGGUCUCCAAUGAGCCUCACUCGUAACAUGCAUCACCAACUGAUCUUCGUCUUUAUUCGUCCAUGUUCAUUUUCACUUACUAACUUUUCGUUUCCUCUUUUUUUAACAGGUUGUCUUAAGUGCUGCUGCGGGUGUGAUGCAAUACUAGUGUAUGCACUUAGUGGCCUAGUCUUGGGUAGUACUUUCUGUAUCAUUACUUCUCCAUGUAGCGACUCCCUUCGUGGGCGAAAUUGAAGCAUUCUAGUUCUUGAUCAACGCCAGAGUCGUGUCCUGUUGAGAUCAUUUUUGUUGAAUCAUCG